AUGAAAGAUUUGAUGAGGUUCAAAUAUGAUGAAAGCAUAGAGAUGCCGUUCGGAGGGAAAACAAUAGUCUUUGGUGGAGAUUUUAGGCAAAUCUUGCCAGUGAUUCCAAAGGGGACAAGACAAUACAUCGUCAAUGCAUCUUUAAAUUCAUCAUAUCUAUGGCAGCAUUGUGAAAUAUUAAAGCUAACUAUCAACAUGCGGCUGCAAUCUAUAGCUGCAGAUAGUGGCAUACAAGAUUUGCAGCAAUUUGCCAAAUGGAUUCUUCAAGUCGGCAAUGAAAUAUCAGAAGGAAUGAGUGACGAGUGCAAUUUAAUUAGCAUACCUCAUGAAUUCCUUAUCACCUAUUAUAAUGAUCCAAUUGAAACAAUCAUUGAAGCAAUCUAUUCUGAUUACAUUGGUGACAUGUAUAACGAACGCCACUGGAAAGGUUGA